AUGAGGCUACAAUCUAAACAAAAGUACCAGUUUCCUGAUUUAGAGAUGGGAGAGUUGAUGAAUGAGUUGGAUAUGUUAGGAUUUGAGGUUGGAAGUAAUUUUUGGGAAAGCAUUAAUCAUGAAAUAGCAGUGGAACUCUAUAUGAACUGCUUGUCAAUAGCUUUGGAGAUAGAUACAGAGGAUAUAAGACCAGAAGAACUAAUGGGGCAAAUCCCAUCUUCAGCUGCUGGAAUUAUAUCUGAAAACGGAAAGAGCCAGAUUAAACCAAUAGGUAAUUUGAGAUUUUUGCGUUACUGUAAGAUAUUAUGGGUAAUGAUAGGAAUAGACGAUUUCAGUAUGAACGAUAUUCACAGACCAACUCCAGAUAGGAUUUAUUCUUUUUUGUGUGGAUUUGUGAAUUUGAUGCGUUUCAAAGAAGAUCGUUGGAUGACUUAUAAGAAUGAGUUUUAUGAAAUCGAGGAGAUUUUGGAUUCGGUAGACAAAUCAAACGAGCAAAUUAAGCAAAAAAAAGAAGACUUAAAUAAUAUUAGAGUGAGAUACAGUGAACAGAGUGGUGAGAUCGUAAAUAGGAGGAGAGAUAAUCAAGAAUACCAGGAGAAGAUGAGGUCUUUGCAUGGGGAAUUUUUGCAAAACCAACAAGAACUAAAAAGAUUAACACAGUUAGACCAUGAUUUAAAGGAACAGCUUAAAGACGUGGAGUUUAGAAUUGCUUCCGGAAAUCAAGAUAUACAAGAUUUGAAAGACCAAGUAGUUCAGUCUCCAGAGAGACUCAGAAAUACUGUAGAAGAAUUAAACAAAUCAUUGGAUAAUGAAAGAAAGCAAAUUGAUCAGAUUAGUGUCCGAAAUAAUGAGCUUAAAGAAAGACAAAAUCUUUUACAAAAGACAGAAAAAAGGCUCGGAAAGGCGAAAGCUUUUCUUGAGCAAACUAUCAGUGGAAUCAAAGAUGCAAACAACAUUAAGCAGUCGAUUAAAGAGAUUGAACACCAUAUUGAAAAGGAUAAGUGGACGAUUGAACAGACUACAGAAGAAGAAAGACUUCUCUUACAAACUGUAGAGCAAAUCUCCCUUAGGAUUCAGAAUAAUCAACAACAUUAUGAGAGCCUGAUUGAGGAGGCACAGACUUUACUUAACCAGGAGAAACAGAAAUAUGAGCAGGGGCAAGAGUUCCUUGAUGUUCAAAGUAGUGAGGCAUUUUCACUUGAGAGGCAGGCAGAAUUGAUGGAAAAGGAGAUUCAGAAUUCAAAAGUAAAUCAUGAAAAGGCCAUCAAUGCACUCAGUGUUCAGCACAACCAGCUCUUAAAUGUUCUCACUAGGUACAAAAAGCAGCUAAUAAGCCAGCUAAAUGACUUAAACUCCAGAUACAACCUAAAACUCUUGGAUGAACCUUCAAAAGAAAACUCGACUAUGAACUCCGUAGAUAGCACAAUUCCAAUGCAAUAUAAUCAAUAA